UCUGCUUAAAUCGAAUUAGGAUUGCUACGGUGCUUUCGCUAAUGGUUCAUUAUUAAAAAAUCUUAGGCUUGAAGUGCUGUGUUCCUUUGCUUGCAUGGCGAUGCAGCGGGUUGAGCACCGCUGCGCUUGCAAUAGAUUGUCCGUCUUGAAACCGGUGCAGUCCUUUUGCUGAAUUAGAGAAAAUGAGCUAUUAAUAUCCUGUGAUUUUGUGGUGCUUGGUUUGAUCGAAGACACACGAGGUGAGGUCGGAUGACAAGUAGAAAAAAGUUUGGGGGAGGAAGGAGAUAAUUGUUAAUGGCGUUGCAGGAAGCCGAAGCGCUGCAGUUGAUGCGUGCGGCGCUUGAGAACCCUCACGGCACUGCGCAGGAGAGGAGUCAAAGGUUAUUGAAGGCUUGGAGCUUCUUACGGCGCUCGGCCAUUCCGAAUGCUGAUGGAGACGCUGGGCUAACAGCCAAAGAGGAAAAGAAACGGUUGAAGGAGGACAGGAGAGACUGGAGAAAGUUGAAGAGGCGAAGACGUGAAGAAAAACGGGACAAUGAUGAAGAAGAAAAAUUACUUCUUUACGCUGCACGCUUGGGAGACGUUGAACAGAUUUCUAAAUUAUUAAAGUUGGGCGUUUACGUUUCGUGCAAAGAUGAUUCAGGAUAUUCUGCACUUCACUGGGCGUCGCUGUACGGUCAUAUUGAUGUGGUGAGGGCACUUUUGUGUGCAGGGGCGGGUGAUGGGAAGCGCAUAAAUAGAAAGACUAAUUCUGGGAAUACACCUCUUCAUUUUGCAUGUACAGGGCAACAUGCUGAAAUAGCAGCUCUCUUACAACUUUACAAGCCUGAUGUUUAUGCUGUCAAUGAGUAUGGUCAAACUCCUGUAUCCCUCGGACUCAGGAAUCUUGUGGGCAAGAUUGAGAAAGAACAAAGAUUGGCAGAGAUGCAAGCUCUCCGCAAUCAUUCUCGUUUGAAACUUCUGGUUAGUGAAAGUGACUUUGAACGACAAGUCAAUGUAGGUGAACACGGGCAAAAUACUUCAGAAACAGAAAUCCUUCAGAAAUGGGAAGCGUACCAAAGCGCAUGGAGUGAAUUUGUACGGAAAUAUGGGAAAAAAGAAUCUGGUAUAUCAUCAUCAGUUGGUGAUGAUGGAAAACAAGAAAUCAAUUUUCAGGAUGUUCCGUGGCCAUUGAUGAGCAGGAAAGGAAGCGAAGUUGGAGAAGAGCUUCUGCUGAGUCUUCUUCACAUAUCUGGCAAUGACCUCCACAGUCUUAUCCAACAAGAGCGUCUCCGGUGGCACCCUGACAAAUUCAUCCAGUUAUUUGGCAGUCAGUUGUCAAAUUUGCACAGGGAUGCUGUCCUUCUGGGUGUGAAGACUGUGAGCCAAUUGCUGAACUCUUUGGCAAACGAACUAUGCUCCAACACUGAAGAGUCAAAAUGCUAGAGUAUACACGUGAAAGGCUUCUUAUUUGAAGUCAGGGUACCCGUUCUGGUUUCUUCUUCUGUGCCUCAUACAGAAAUCGAGGAUUUCUGGAAUGAUGAUUAAGUUCACACUUUGAAAGAGGGAGUUGGUUAACGUUGAAAUGAAAUUCUGUGCCGUUCCUCUGAGCACACCGGGUUCCAAGCAUUUCUUAUUUUGGUAGGAUUCGGGAUUGUCCUUACUGUGAAAUUACAUCUAGAAUUUUACACUCUUGGUUUCUCUUGAAUUCGAUGAUCUUCUUAUCAUGAAAUUCGGCACUUCAGGCCCGAGUCAAUAUUCAUCUUCACUUCGCAGAGGUGUUAGCCAUGCAGAACACUAAUCUCUUGUUGACUUGCGAAGGUUUCUUCAAGACCUUGUUGCACAUCUGCUGGGUGCCUUUUCUAGAGUAAGCUAAUUCGUUUUAGACACGCCUAUGUCACGAUAGACACAAAACAUUUUUGUUAGCAACUUUGUUAACAUUUCAGCCCCCUUUUUAAAAAUAUGUUUUCAAAUGUUUUUCUAUGUUA